GUUGUACAUCCUAGAACAGGAAAAUUACAAGAACAGGAAAACCUAGAGCAGGGAAUUGCAUUUUACUCAAAUCUUGCAUAGUGCUGUUACUCAUUAAGAAGUUCUCCCGAUUGUCUGUUGGAAAUCUAUAAAAAAAUUUUAAUUUUCAAAGUAUUCCUGGAAUUUUUGUUGUGAAGUUUUAAAUUUGACAAAUUACCGCCUUUUUAAGAAAUUACCAAUUGGUGGAAGUAAAGAUUCUGUCUGUAGUGUUACGAAAAUAAUUUGCAUCAUAUUUUGAUUUUUUUUUUCUAAUGGGAUUUUACUAUGGAGUUUUCUCCUUGCUUACAUGGGACGAGGUCACUUCCUCUCUCUUGUCGGAACUGAAAUAUCGUUGUUUGUUGUUCUGUAACUGUGUUAUUUUUUAUGCACGUGUUUUAUUUAUAACAGUCAGAACUGCCCGAAUUGAAAAAAACAUUUGUAAAAUGAAUAGCGAACAAAAACCAUUCGUUCCAAAGACUCCUAUAGAUUUCCAGAAGUUAAAGUUGGAACGAUUAAUGGCAAACCCAGAAAAGCCUGUGAUAAUUCCUGAAAUGCCAAAGGAGAAAAAAGGUUUUACUGUACCUGAAUUUGUUCGUAAUGUGAUGGGCUCAAGUGCUGGAGCUGGGAGUGGCGAGUUUCAUGUUUAUAGACAUCUAAGACGAAAAGAAUAUACCAGACAGAAGAUGAUCGAAGAAAAAGGUGAAAAAGAAAGAUUAGAUGAAGAGUUCCAUAGGAAAAUGGAAGAAAAUCAAAGAAUGAUAGAAGAGAAAACAGCAAAGAAAAGAAUAAAAAGAUUAAAAAGGAAAGAAAAACUAAAGAAAUUGAAAGCUGAAGGUCUUCUUAAACGGAAAGGCAAACAAGAUGAGAAAGAAAACAAUUCUGAGGAGGAUUCUUCUGAAAAUGAAAGCUCUAAUAGUGAAAGUGAAAAAGAUACUUCCGAGAAACAACCUGUAGCUGAACCAUCAGAAUCUAACCGAGAAAAUGAAAAGAGAGAAUUAUCCAAAAAACAAGAAUGCUGAUCCUCAUCCUUUUGUGUGUCUCUGUAUUUCUACAUUCUCUUUAAUGGAUGCAGUUAUUUCAUUAAAAAAUAACUCAUAUUGAGUUCUACAUCCUUCAUCCCAUAUGUAUUAUAAAGUCAUGCUUUUGAAGCUCACCAAAAUAUUCUGUUUUU